UUUUGACCCGUUUCAUUUCCCGGACGAACACAUUUUGCAAACUCGCAUACUCUAGUUUUGCUCAUAACUGUUGCAUUUGUAAUGCAUCUUUGAUUUUCGGAAGAAGGAAGCAAUAAGCGCAUGAUGCUUUUCUUUCAUUUCCAAUCCUCAAUUUCCAUGACUACUCAUUGAAGAAGCGGGGCGACUAUAUCAUCCAUUUCUUGCGUUGAGGAAAGAUUUUUGUUGGCAGUAAAGAAUGGUGCAAGGUGUGUCAUUGAGCACUGUGACAAGUUGUGAACAAAGCAGGCUCUAUGGAUCAUUCCCAUCUUGGACGGCCCCUUUUGCACCAUUUAAGAAAUCCCAGAUAAGCUUCAUCAGUGAAAGAUAUCGCGUUUGGAAUCAGUGUCAGCAGAGAUUGUUCUUGAGAAAGUACCAUAGAAUAUCGAGGUUCAGUGGUUUUAAGGUUGAAGCAGCAUGGUUCUUUAGAGGGAGAGAACAAGAAUCCGAAGCAAGUGCAGAGCGCAGUGAAAUGGCUCAUGAUGAUAUUGCAAUCUUACUUUUCCAGCUAAGCAUGGCCACUAGAGUGCAGUAUUUUUUGAACGUGGAGCAGUAUGACGCGGCACAGCAACUGAGAAACAAACUUACUGAGGUUGAAGCAGAGGUCCUCAAACAGCAAGAGGAAAUACGGGGAGUGCCUUCAAAAAGUGAAGCUCAAGACAAAGCUCUAAGUAUUAUACGUCUCCGUUCAGACCUCCAGAAUGCAAUUGAGAGUGAAGAUUACGAUUUGGCUGCUACUUUACGUGAUCAAAUUUCUAAACUUGAAGCAGAGUCCCUGGCUGCAUCAGCUAAAGUUUUGGCAUAUGAAAACGCACAGUACGCUUUCCGUUUGGGCCAGAAAGUGAGACAUAAAGCAUACAAUUACAUUGGUGUGAUAUGUGGAAUGGAUCCAGUUUGCUGUGAAUCAAGUUCAUGGAUGGAAACUGUACAGGUUCAGAAGUUGUCUCGUGGCUCUACUCAACCAUUUUAUCAGGUUCUAGUUGACGUACAGGUUGAUCCAAAUCUACUGGUGGCAUAUGUUCCGGAAGAGAAUCUAUUGGCCGUGGAUGAAACGGACAUGAGCAGGUUGGAUCAUCCAUAUAUCAUGAGUCUGUUCUACGGUAUGGAUUCGGCAGGAGAUUACAUCCCCGUUAAGCAACUGAGGGAGAAGUACAACAGACCAAGGCAUGAAAUACCCAUUGACCCACCAAAUGAUGAAGAUGGUGGCAGAUCUUAGUUUGCCAAGUUACAACAGAGUCAUUUUAAUCAUCUUUUGCAGAAAAACUCACUCAUCAUGAUUUUGCUCCUUCAAGAAUGACUUCUUGUUGGUCUCAAGACAUUUGUGUAUUUACUAUUGAAGCUUUUUCAAAGCCUCCAUACUCGUUUGUGUGUGUGGGGUGUAUAUAUACAGAGAGAGAGAGGGAGGAAGGGAGAGAUCUGGAAUUCUGGUAAGGAUUUGCUUGUUGUAUACUUGAGUUUUCUUUGGGCGACUUUCAUGGUACAUUUAUCACUCUUAAAUUUUUGUAUUUUAAAGAAAAAGUACUUUGAUUGUGUUUGGAUAUAGUCAUAAUAAAUAGGGGAUUAUGAUACUCAUUCUUAUACUCUA